GCGUCCGAUCCAGAUCCAGGGGUGGUAAAUAGUGUAGUAGUAGUACACUCCUUUGCUCACUCGCUCUCAAUCUCAAGCUGCCUGGCUGUCUUCUCCACUCCCCGGCCAACCCCUGCUGCUGCCCUUCACCUCCGCCUUGCCGUCUCCCCGGCCGGCGACGCAGCUCGCCGUCUCACCACGCCCACGGCGGCUGCCGGAUCUGAACCGAACCAGCCGCAUCCGUGCAGCAGCAGGUGUCCGGCCAGGGGAUGGCCGAGGCCGCCCUCGGUGCGGCGCAAUGGGUGGUGGGCAAGGCGCUAGGCCCCGUCGCGGAUGGCGUGCUGGAGGCUUGGGCUGCCAGCACCAACUUUGCUCCCAACAUCCAGGAGCUCAGCAAGGAACUGCUGUUCGUCAAGGCCAUGCUCGAACGAGCUGCCACCAGGGAGCUCGUCGGGCCAGCUACGGUGGAGCUGCUGCACAAGCUGCAGGACUCGGCGCACAAUGCCGAGGACUUGCUGGACGAGCUAGACUACUUCCGCAUCCACGACGAGCUCCACGGCACGUACGAGGCUGCUGACCAGCAUGAUGAGGGUUGCGUCUGCGACCUGGCCCUCAAUGCUCGCCACACCGCCAAAACUAUUGGCAAACAGCUGGCAUCUUUGACCACGUGCUGCUUCGGUGCCAACACUGGCCAUCCCCGACAAGAAGAUGCAAGACAACAUGUCAGCUGUUGCGCCUGGAAGUGUGGUAGGCAGAGAUCACCCGGUGAUUCCUCCUCUGUGCCAAACGCCAAUCAGCCAGGUCAGGAGGUCAGCGGAUGCAUGUGCAAACUUGGUAAACUCUUCUCUGGCUCAUCUUCCUCACAUCCACAUGUUCCUGGUGAUGAAGAUCAUGGCAAUGUGCAAGAAACACCAAUGCCUGAAUUUAACAGGGUUGUUUUCUCUCAAAGGAUGAAGAAUGCUAUAGAGCAAUUAAAGCUUAUGAGUGAGGAUGUUAACAAGAUUCUGACACAUUGUGGCCCUAGAACUACCACAGACACUGCCCAGCAUCGUUCCCCCACCACACCGCAGAGUGCAGAGCCAAAACUAUAUGGGAGGGACCAUGUCAUGAAUAGCAUCAUACAUGAUAUCACUGCGGGACAAUACUGUGACAAGGGUCUAACUGUUCUUCCAGUUAUUGGUCCGGGGGGCAUGGGGAAGACAACUUUGAUACAACACAUAUAUAACAAUCAACAAGUGCAGAAUCAUUUUCCAGUCAGGAUUUGGAUAUGUGUGUCAUUCAGUUUCAACCUGGACAAGGUGCUAGAACAGAUUAAAAGAUAUUCCCCUGAAGUUGAAGGUGAAAAAGAGUGUAGCACUACACAAGAGCUGAUUGAACACAGAUUAAAAUGCAAAAGGUUCUUACUUGUAUUGGAUGAUAUAUGGCAGUUUACUGAUGUGGAUGACUGGAAAAAACUGUUAUUGAUACUCGGCAAGUCACAAGAAAAGGGCUCCAUGGUUCUAGUCACAACUCGGCAGAAAGAGAUAGCAGAUCAAGUUAAGAAAACUGUAGAACCAAAAGAAUUGAAUGGUUUAGAACCUGGAGAGUUUAAGAAGUUAUUCCUUGUAUAUGUCUUUGAUGCUGAGCAAUAUCCAAGGGAUAAACUUCAUUUGCUUAACACUGGAGAUGAGAUAAUGGGAAAACUUAAGUGCUCCCCUCUUGCAGCAAAGACUGUUGGUAGAUUACUGAGCAAAGACCUUAGUUUGCCGUAUUGGAAAAGGGUCCUAAAAUGUAAAGAAUGGGCGAAGCAGACCGAUGACAAUGGAAUUAUGCCUGCCUUGAAGCUUAGCUAUGACUUUCUCCCUUUCCAUUUGCAACAGUGUUUUUUCUAUUCUGCAUUGUUUCCUGAAGAUUACUUUUUCAGAAGCGAAGAGCUUAUCGGCCUGUGGGAUGGUCUAGAUAUUUCAAUACCUGCUGGUCAAAAUCAAACACUUGAAGACAUAGGUUUGAGAAAUUUAAAGGAGUUAGUCAUUCAUGGAUUUUUUAGAGAAGGGGGAACUGAUGGUGAUCUGUGGUAUGUUAUGCAUGACCUGCUGCAUGAUUUGGCAUUGCAGGUUGCAUCCCAUUAUUGUCUCAGUUUACGUCUCUCUAAUGUUAGAUCAAUGGAAAUUCAGCCAUCCAUCCGUCACUUGUCUAUAAGCACAGAUGACUUGGGUGAAUAUGAUGCAAUGUCUGGUGCAAAAUUGAAGAGUGAAUUGGAAGAACUGAAGAAAAGAUUUAAGGUUGAAGAUUUGCAAACAUUGAUGUUAUUCGGAAAAAUGGAUGAAAGUUUUGUCAAGAUAUUUGGUGACUUUUUGGGGGAAGUGAACGAUCUUCGUGUUCUUCAUUUGCCCAAUAUGCUCUGUCCGGUGGAGUCCAUGUUACAUAAGUUUUUAGGACUUGUCCACCUACGAUAUCUAUGUCUAGGGACAAAUGAGAGCGAGAUGCAUUUGCCACUUGGCAUCUCUAAAUUUUAUCAUCUAAGGUUUCUAAAUCUUAAAUGGUGGAAUGGCAGCCGUGAUUUGCCUGACAUGAGCAACCUUGGGAAAUUGUGCCAUUUUUAUGUCCCAACUGAUGGUCAGCUUCAUUCUGAUAUUUAUAAUGUGGGGAGACUUGAACUCUUAGAAGAGUUGAAGGUAUUUCAAAUCAAUAAAAGAAGUGAAGGGUUUGAACCAAAGCAGCUAGAGCACUUGACAAAGCUAAGGGAGCUUGGGAUCUACAACCUUGAGAAGAUAGAUACAACAGAAGAAGCAGCUCAAGCAAAACUGAUGGAGAAAAAUUACUUGAGGAGGUUAACAUUGGACUGGGAUAGUAAGCGAUCUAGUGUUGAGCAUGGUGUGGAAGCAGCGGUUCUUGAGAGCCUUCAGCCACAUGGAGAUCUUCAGGUGUUGUGCAUUAGAGGGCAUGGAGGUCCUUCUUGUCCAACAUGGCUAGGUGAUGAGUUCGCUGUUGAAGGUCUACAAUCUCUUUAUCUGGAUGGUGUUUCUUGGGAAGUUUUCCCUUCUUUAGGGAAGGCGUGGGAUCUUCGUGAAUUAAGGUUACAGAAUAUUGCCAGACCGAAGGAUUUUAUCAUAGAGAAAAGCUUUUGCAUGCUAACACACCUUAUACUCAUUGGCCUAGGAAGUUUUGAAAAAUGGGUUUACACAGGUGGACAAGAGUCUUCCAUUGGUGGAGACUUGUUGCCACCGACUGCUCAUCUGUUCCCUAUUUUGCAAGUUCUGAUUAUUAGAGAGUGCCCGAGGCUGUUGGGGUUGCCUUUCCCAAACCACAUUGUUUCCCCAGAUUGGUUCUCCAAGCUACAAGAGCUUGAGGUAAGCGACUGCCCCGAAUUCUUGCCAGUGAUUCCCAUCUCCUGGAUCGAAAGGGUGCGUUCUGUCACGAUGAAAUGUGUAAAGAUGCUAAAGGAUUUUGCAUACUUGAAAUCAUCUGGUGGAGCAAAAUUGAGAAUUACCGGAGAGAGUGAUCUGCUUAGCUUAGACCAAGUGCUGGUUUUUAAUAAAGAAACAGGUCUAGAGAAGCUGACACUGGACAAGUGCCCACCUCUGGAGUUGAAGCACCUUCUGAUGCUAACCUCGCUGAGGACAUUGAUUGUAGAAAAUUCAGUUGGUGUAGUUGGACCACUAGGAGGAGGUCAGAGUGAUGUGGAAUGGCAGCUCCCUGUUGAGUAUAUCAAGAUCUACAAGUUAAAUGGUAAUACUGGCAAGGAACUGACAGAGCUCCUCCACCACCUCCCAAAGCUCUCCAAAUUGGAAGUAUGGAGGUGUAAAAACAUAAAACAGCUUGUAGUGGGGGUGGAUGUGCAACAAACAACACAAGGAGCAUUAGAGAUGCUGCUCUUCCCACCUCAUUUAUGUGACUCACUACGGGAAUUGGAGUUGAGUCACUGCCCAGAGCUGGUCCUGGUGGACCCUCCAACUCUUGUUCCUGGUGGAGGAUGGCUCCAAGCCUUGCAAUCCCUCCAGAGAUUAACAAUAUGGUUGUCCCCAAAGUUUCUAUCCACCUUCUCCUUUUCCCAUCACCUUUUUCCUUCCUCCCUGCAAUUCCUGAAUCUUAGGAGUGUGAAAGGCAUGGUGACACUGGAGCCCCUCUCAAACCUAUCCUCUCUUGUCAGAUUAGAAUUGUGGAAUUGCGGAGAGGAUUUGAAAUAUCAGGGCUUUUGGCCUCUCCUUACCAAAUUAGAGGUCAGGGGUAGCCCUAGAUUCUUUGCUGAUUGGGAUCCCAAUACCAGACGGGUUUUGGAGGAUGCUGAGGGAGGUGAAGAGCAGCAGACACAGCUUGUUUCAUCCACACUGCGUGAGCUCGGGACAGAUGUCAUAGCAGGACUUCUUGCUGCACCCGUCUGUAGAUUCCUCUUUUCCUCCCUCAACAAGCUGAAACUUUGGGGGGAUUGGUGUGAAGGGAUGGAGCGCUUCAGCAAGGAGCAAGAGGACGCCCUUCAACUCCUCUCCUCCCUCCAGAAACUAGAGUUUUGGAGUUUCAAGGACCUUCAACAACUCCCUGCAGGGCUGCGUAAACUUACCAGCCUCAAGAUAUUAUUAGUCAACUGCUGUCCAGCCAUCUCGUCGUUGCCCAACGAUGCCCUCCCGGAUUCACUGGAAAUGCUAGAUGUCUACAACUGCAGCGAAGAGCUAAAACAGCAGUGCAGGGGGUUGGAGGGAACCAUCCCAAGAGUCAGAAUACUCUGAUCCAAGGACAAUGCCUUGGAGUUCCCUUGUACAUUCUUCUAGCCUUGUAGAGCUCUUCCCUUCCCAUUCAAACACAUGCAUGACAUAAGGGCCUGACUUGUGGCUGUGGUGUUCCUUCCUGUACUUAAAUCUGGAUCUUCAGAAGAAUAAUCGGCAUAGCAUAUCAGUGCACGUGUGGAGCCAGUUCAGAUCAUAAGCAGUAGUAGCAGUCUCAAGAUGAAUCUGCUUGGAAGCAACAGAUUGAGUUGGGGGAAAGGUGUGGUUGACUGAGGCGGUCUCCUUGACCAAUUGCUCAACAUCACAACCAGCGUGUGUUUCUGGACGUGUACCAUCGCUCACUGUCGGGGAAAAGAACAUGUAGUAGUAGUGCAGCUGAUGAAAAUUCAGGGGGAGAUGUGGGUUCCUGCGUGCUUCUCUGCUGCUCAUUCAUUUUGGUGCGUUUCUUCUUGUUACGGCGUCAGUGCGCGCUCUAUGAGUGUAAAAAAACCAAAAACGGAUUUGGGGGCAGUUUUCUUCAAAUUUCCCCGAGCUUUGUUGUCCGAUCGCAACAACGAAGCUUAAUUAAUUUCAACAAUGCAAAGGUUGGCUGUGGGUUUCUUUC